AACCGGCAUUGUUAGUCAAUUUAUAUUAGAUUAAUAAUGUCAGAACAGAAAGUUUUCGAAAUUCUUAAUAAAAUUGCUAUAAAAGAACAGUUUAAUAAUUAUAAGAUAUCAAUAAAUCUCCUUUCCACUGAUGGUGCUAACUUUUCGAGCAAACUUUAUGUAGCAAAAAUAUCUGCAAGUGACAAGGAAUUAAACUUAUUCGUUAAGGUUGCUGCAAUUGGUGAAAAUUUGAGGACAUUAGCUCCUGUUUGUAUCUACAAAACAGAAGUUCAGUUUUACACGAAAAUAUUUAAAAUAUACAAUGAUAUAGAAAGGAAACAUCAUGUGCCUGAGGAUAACAAAUUAGUACUGCCGAAGCUAUACGGGUACAAUUUGGAAUAUUUGAACGAAAUUUUGGUGUUUGACAAUUUACUUGCCGAAGGUUUUGAAAUGUACGAUAGAUUCCAGACUAUGGACUGGGACUAUGCGUCGCAUUCGCUUACUGCUCUUGCUAAAUUACAUGGUCUUUCAAUGGCAUAUGCAAUUGAGUAUCCAGAUGAAUUCAAACAAGACGGUGAAGUUAUGAAAAUACAAGAAAGCAUAGAUGGUUUGAAGGAAUAUUUAGAGAGUGCAAUAACUAAAGUGCUUCAGGUUACGAAGGCAGAAAAUAAAGAACGAUUGAAAAAAUUUCUAGAUGGAGUGACGAGCGUUGAGUACUUCAAGGGUGUUCUUAAACCAAUGAAAAGCUGUGUUUUAACUCAUGCCGAUUAUCGUCCCAGCAACUUGCUCCACAAAGUUCAAAAUGGAAAAACUACUAAAGUGAUACCCAUAGACUUCCAAACAAUUCGUCACGGGAACCUUGUUAGCGAUCUGGUCUAUUUCAUCUUCACUGGGUCAGACCAAGAAUUCCGGAAUAACAAUUACCAAAAGUGUUUAGAUCACUACUAUUCCGAGCUGAGCAUUACUUUAACGCGGCUUCAUCUGGACCCCAAUCAGAUCUAUUCUAGGAAGGAUUUCGAAUAUGAACUUGAGCAGGCAUCAUCAUAUGGCCUACUAUCAGCAAUAUUGUGUCUUCUCAUAGUAACGGUGGACCCUAAAGAUGCCCCAAAGGUGGAUGAUAAAUUGGAACAAAAGGAUUUUGCCGUUAUCCCAAAUGAACGAUACUCUGUGAGAAUUAACGGUGUUAUAGAAGAUUUUAUUAAACUUGGCGUAAUUUGAAUAUCAAAGUGAAGAGUGAAAUAACGUCUAGAAAUAGUUUACUUAUAUUUGAAUUAAUUAUAAACUGAAUAAAUAAUACAACUUACACGAAGAUAAAUCCAAAAUUUUUUCAUUGUGUGAUACCAAAAUUUAUUAAUCCAAACGUAUCAAUUGAUUGAAAAACACACAAAGUUAUUGCAUUAGAAAGCGAGAUAUAUAUUAUCAUUUAUAUAUUAUGUCGGUUUCCAGAUCACGUAUUUAUAGUUUGUAAAGAUUAUGUUAGUUAGAAAUAAUUAUUAAGUAUAAGCAAAAACCAUACUGUUUGACUGUAUAUAUAUAAAAUACUGUAGCCUUUAUACCCUUAUAGACUUUAUUUGCGUGGAAACAAAUAUGUACUGCGCAAAAACUAUGAGAUCGUCAGUGUUAUCUUUGAUUGUAAAUUAUUAUCAAUUAAUAAACUCAACAUCAAAGUAUUAAUGGAGUUAAGCAAUUAUUCGAUUCAAUUGUGGAACGUAAAACAAUUAUUAUCCACCUAGCGCUGAAAACAAAUAUUUAUUGAUCUAUACUAUUUGUUAAUACUCACGUUCGUUCGUUAAUUAUUUACAUAAUUUAAGCAAAUUCAUUAAUAGUUAUGCUUGUGUAAAUUCAGAUAUUAGUUUAAUGUUGAACCUUGAUAUUGGUUAUCGUUACUGGUAAACCAAAAUCAGCGUCGCGAAGUGCCAUUUUUGAUCACAUGUGUAGUACUAUAUUGUUAAAUUUUCUUUGACUAUUCUUAAGAUAACGCUACUUAAGUUGUCAUGAGAAAACUACGUUAUAUAGACAUGAUCCUUCCACUGUUUUAUCAAAAGCAUUUAUUUGAAAUCGAAGUUUUUAAAAUAAAAUUUAAAUAAUGCUC